CAUCAGUUAACAGAAGAUGGAAAGAGCCUCUUCACUAUCACCCAUUGCCAAGAGGUUACUCGGUAAAAUGGCUCUGAUAACCGGUGGAGCCAGUGGCAUCGGUGCGAGCACGGCGAGCCUGUUUGCCAAACAAGGCGCCAAAGUCGUGAUUGCUGAUGUUCAAGAUGAGCUCAGCCAGUCUUUGUGCAGGGAUAUCGGAUCCAAUCAGAACCGGACUGUUUCUUACGUCCACUGCGACGUCGCGAGUGAGGCAGAUGUUCAGAAUGCAGUGGAUAGUGCGGUGAAGAAUCAUGGUAAGCUCGAUGUGAUGUUCAGCAAUGCAGGGACUGGAGGCAAUUUUGAUCCCAGAAUCUUGACCAUCAACUACGAGAACUUCAGGAGAGUUUUCGAUGUCAACGUGUAUGGCGCGUUCCUGGCCGCUAAACAUGCUGCUAGGGUCAUGACCCCGGCCAGAAGAGGGAGCAUCCUGUUCACGUCGAGUAUUGCUUCCGUGACCUAUGGUGAUGUUUCUCACACAUACUUGGCAUCGAAGCACGCUGUUGUCGGGCUGACAAAGAAUCUAGGGGUUGAGCUGGGCCAAUAUGGGAUCAGAGUUAACUGCAUAUCUCCUUUCGGUGUAGCCACGCCAAUGUUAAGGAAAGGAUUCGGCCGCAUGGAGGCUGAAAAGGUCGAGGAAAUAGUCUCGACAGCGGCCAAUCUGAAAGGAGUCGUGCUGAAGGCCAAAGACGUAGCGGAGGCGGCUCUAUACCUCGCAAGCGAUGAGUCCACGUACGUGAGCGGGAUGAACUUGGUGAUCGAUGGGGGCUACAGCACCACCAAUGUCUCCCUUGGACUGACCAUGAAGAAAUUCUUUCCAUGAUCACUUCUUAUAAUAUUGUUACCUAAGGUUGGAGAUGGCACUUCGUUCCUACGUUGUUAACUAAUGUAACUAAUAAAAACACCUAUUAUGGUAACCAAUAUGAAUUGGUUCACGUGAUUCAGUACUUGUUCUGCUUAAAUAAUGUUUCAAGUUCAA